AUGACAGAAGACGAAGACCCCCCAGAAGUAAUCGUGAAGUAUGAUGCAAUUGGACGGAAAAUCAGACUUAAAGGAGAGGGUCCCUACAGCAUCCUAGUCACUGAAGGCCUUGGAAAAAUAUUAGGAUUACAGCCACAUGUACGUACCAAAAAAAGCAACUUUGUCACGGACAUUACAGGAGGAUUCAACACGCUGUAUAUUUAUACAGAUAUUGUAAGCCCGCAGAUAGUGGGUGACUUCUAUGUGCCGUUACUACGUUGUUUACCUGUGCAGGGUAAGGACAACGAAAUAAUCACGACGACCUACGAGCAGCCGCAUUAUGUUACCGUCAACAAACAUUAUAUUGAUACGAUUACUGUAGAAAUCAAAACGGACCAGAAUGAAAACAUAGCUUUUAACCAUGCGCUGACUCCCAAUGCCCCUUUGGAAUUUUUUAUAACGGGACAUGGCGAUCAUUACACGGAUUUAAACAAUACUCUGCUGUAUGUGAGCUGCAAGGUUGUGAAGGCUGACGGCACGGAUAUCGAUGACGGAGCAAGAGUGAGUCUUGUCAACUACCCCAUAGCGUCACUGUUCAAUCAGGUGGAUGUUACAUUAGGCGAUCGUGUGAUUACACAGAGUCACCACUGCUAUGCUUACAGAGGCCUUAUUGAACUUAUUCUGAACUACAGCGGAGAUGCUUUGGGGACCCAGUUUUCAGCGGGUGGCUUUUACAAGGAUGAUGCUACGCUCAUGGAGAACACCUUGCUGACAGCCGCCGACAAACUAUUGAUUAACGGUGUGGAUGUGAACAUUAAACUCUCAAGAAGUAAAAAUGAGUUCUGCCUGAUGAGGGAUGGUAAUGAGAAUUACAAAGUACAGAUCCUGGCAGCGUCUCUCUUUGUAAAGCGUGUAAAAGUAUCACCUGGUGUACGGUUAGGACAUGCGGAGGCUCUGCUGAACUCCAACGCCAAAUAUCCUAUUGACCGUGUUGGUAUGAAAGUUUACAGCAUUCCUGCAGGCAGUCUUGUGUGUAACCAGGAAAACCUAUUUCUAGGGCAGUUACCUAAACAAUUAGUGAUUGGUUUCGUGGACAAUGCCGCAUUUAGUGGUGAUUAUGAAAGAAAUCCUUUCAAUUUCCAGCACUAUAAUGUCAACUUUUGUGCCCUGUAUUGUGACGGUGAACAAAUUCCUGCUAAACCGCUGCAGCCUGAUUAUGAACAUAACCUUUUUGUGAGAGAAUAUAUGCAAUUGUUACAGACGUCUGGCAAAGCAAUGAAAGAUCGAUCUGUGCUAAUCAACCGUGAGGAAUUUAACAAUGGCUAUACUUUAUAUUGUUUUGAUUUGAGCCCCGAUCAAGGCUGCUCAGAGCACUAUUCCCUGAUCAAGAACGGAAACCUCAGAGCAGAAAUUAGAUUUGCUGUACCUCUCCCCAAUACCGUCAACAUGAUACUCUAUGCAAUCUUUGAAAAUCUUAUUGAAAUAAGCCACACAAGGAAUGUAUUGUUUGAUUAUAUGUGA